UCAAAUCGAGGCUGUCAGUUUGUUUUUGUCUUCGGCCAUCUUUGGUGAACGAACGAAUAGUGGCAAUCUAUAUCGAAGUAAUCUCGGUUAGUUUCUGGAUAUAUUCGUAAUCCAUAGCAACAGGGAUUAUCUUAAAGAACUAUAUACUAGCUUAGUGAGGCUAUUUGUUAGUCCAUCUUCAUAACAAUACCUAAACUUUAAAAGUGAACGCUGUUAAUUAAGUAGGUCAAGUUAGGAAAUGGCCUGCGGAGCGACGCUGAAAAGAAGUUUAGAAUUUGACCCUGUGCACAGCCCUGGACAAACAACUCCAAAACGGAGAAGAUGUACUCCGAUGAACCUGACGCCAUCGACACCCCCAAGGAGCGCACCUCCCUCCCCGUUUGGUGAAGUUAAUCCCAAACUUACAUCAGAACAAAUUGCUGCAAACUUGAGCAUUGAAAUCCGUCGUCUGCAAAAGAGAAAACAAUUAAACUUUCCGUCAGGCAGUGCAAGCCCAGGCAGCGCCAGCCCACCACAUCCUUCACAGUCGAGCUCUACAGAAGCCUGUGCCUCACCCUCAGCUAUGGACAGUUCAUGUGUUCAAAGUUUAGCACAGUGUAGUUCAAACAGUCUCUUCAAUGCACUUUCACCAAACAAACGUGACAUUCCCCUGUUCACAUUUAAGCAAGUGAGCAUGAUAUGUGAACGCAUGCUGAAAGAAAGGGAGUCCCAGAUCCGCGAGCAGUAUAACACAGUUUUGACCUGUAAAAUGGCAGAACAAUACGAGGCAUUUCUCAAAUUCAACCAUGAUCAGAUACAGAGGCGUUUUUCUGGAGACUCUGUGGCCAGUUAUGUUUCGUGAAUGUCUUCUCAUGAUGAAUGUGUGUUCUUCCAAAGAACUCGUUUGGCCUGACAGAAUGCUGCAUUUACUUACAAUUGAAUGAACAGAAUAUUUGCUUUACCUGUUGUACUGUGUACUGUUCUUUUGACUGUUAUAUAAGCACUAGUUACACACUUUUAUGGUUGUUUAACUUAAAUGUUACAUGUUUCUUUUUUGUCUUAAAUUGAUGUUUGCUUCAAGUGUUCCACGAAGAUGUUGCAGUUCUUUUGAACAUACAUGUAUGAAAAUCUUAUAACCCGUAAAAAUGUUGCACAUGUGUGAAAGUGUUAUUGUAGACGUUCAAUGAACUUCAAUUUAAGUUUAUUUGCUGACAUUAAAAAUUACUAAUUUGAUUUUGAAGGUAAUUUAUUUGCGAGCAAAUAUUUGACAUUGAAAUAACACAAUGUAGCAGACACAGUUUUCUGUUUGUACCUUACAAAGAUUUUAUAGCAAAUAGGUACCCUAGUGGCUCUCCUAUUAUAUCCCUUGACAGAUAAUAACGGCCAAGGUAGACCACAUUGUUCAUUGGUUCAACUUUGGAAUUCUCAGUUUUUAUUGAAGUUUUCCAGAGUAAUAGUAAUAGGAAAUAAAUUGUGACUUUGACCUAUUUAUAUUAACUGAAGAAGGUAGCAAUAACAAUUUAAUUAAGCUUAAAAGCAAGUCUCCAAAUGUACUAUUGAAUAACUAUAUGUAUAUGUUUCUAGUGAUUAUUUUGGGGAGGUUAUUGGCUGAGGUCUCGCAUUAUCCUUUGUUUAGAUAAAAUAUUUGAAACAAAACUAGCAAGAAGUAGUGUAACAAAAGCCCAUAUUUUUUAAGUUGUGCCAGGUAAUUUAUUUGUACAGAAUAGUGCAUUAAAUGAGCACCAUUUAUGAUUUGCAUCUUUCUACAACCUAUAUUGCAAAAUUUAAUUGCUUUUGAUGCAAGAUUCCUUUUUUUUAUGCCCCCGAAGGAGGGCAUGUAGUGAUCGGACUGUCCUCUGUCACACUUUUGCGUUUAGAUUUCGAAAAAUGCUCAUAACUUCUAUGUUGCUUCCGAUGUAACCUUCAUAUUUGGUAUGCAUGUGUAUAUGGACAAGGCCUUUCGAUAUGCACAAAUUUUUUGACCCCUUGACCUUGAACUUAGGGUCCGCAUUGAGGUUUCGAAAUCUGCGUUUAGGUUUUGAAAAGCGUUUUUCGGGGGCAUGUGUCUUCCGAUGGAGACGGCUCUUGUUUGCUUUUCUGUUUGAGAUGCUAGGAGAAAUGUGUAUUAAGCUGUACAAAUGUUUUCUAAUUUACCUUACAUGUUUAAUUGGGCAUUAAAAGGUAGUCAAAUACAUCUGUAAUUACAAUAUAAAUAAUUAAAACUUAAUUUAAUAAAGUAGAUGUAUCUUGUGUUCAUAUUUUUUCAGGUGUAUUAUAUACUUGUAAAUAUUCAAUGUUUGUUCAUGUUUCUGAUAGUUUAGUCAUAAGUAUGACCUAUAAGGCUACUAAAUGUUUAUAUUUUUGCGGGUUUUUGUUUGUUUGAAUUUCCUUUACCUUUUCAUUUUGUUCUUAGCAAAAGUAUUUGACAUUACAGCCUGAAUGUAACAUGUAACUGAAUGAUAAAGUAUUUGUUUUAUAGACAAGUAUUAGCUGUAUAUAUUUUAUCUUGCUUAAGUUCAAAGUUACCUCUUAAAAUAUGUAAAGUAAGGAGUUUAAAUGUGAUACUUGGCAAAUUAAGUGAAACAUCAUUUUACUAUUAAUUUUAUGUUUUAAAUAAUCAAGAUUACCCUGUGUAAUUUUGUGCAGACAUUGCUUAAUACGACCAGUUUUAAUCAGAUGCUGUGAAAUCCUAAGUGCUUUCAUUAAAUUUAAUACUUAGCAAUUUUCAUUACAAGAUAUUAAUUUUUCUUUUACAAAAUAUAUUUUUUGAAUUGGGUGACAUAACAUUAUUUUUGGAUGCUUGCAAAUGUUUGAUUGGAAUCAUGAAAUUUAUAACAGUUUCUGUAUGUUAAAAACAUUGUAGAUAGUUCAUUUUUUCAUCAAAAUAUGCUCAUUCUUUUGUUGUUCUCUUCAAAAGAUUAAUGUCUUUCAUAUCAUUAAUAUUAGAAAAUAUUAAUUAUCAUUAUGCGAAGUACUGUGUCACAUAGAAUGAUUAACCUUUCCUUGCAGGAUUUUUAAGUUUUGUUUAUUAGGUCCAAACAAGUAAAACUAUUUUAGUUCGUUAAUAUUUUAAUACGACAAUUGUUAAAAUGCAAUGAAACAGUUGCUUGCUUUUUAAGAUAUAUGCUGCAGUUUUAAAUUCUGUUUCGGGUAAUCUGAAAAUAAUCCAGUCUUUAUAGUGUUUUAAGCCACCAAACACACCUUAUUGCUUGUGUAUUUUAAUCCAAAUUUUAUUGGAUUGUAUAAUAUUGAUGUUAAUGAGGGAUUAUAUCUUGCAUGUGUUUGUGUUAUUUAAGAAAAUAAAAGUCUUGCACGUACACUU